AAGAAACACUUGGCAACGAGAAUAAUUCUAUUGAUAGUUAUUGACAUUUCUUGUUAGAAGCCAGAAGUAUUGCAGUGAAAUAGCUACUUAGUGAAAAAAUGAACAUAUUUUACCCUGAAAUUAAUAUAAAAAAUGAGGUCAAAAAAUUGAUGGACGCCGCCGACCAGGCGUACGAUCAGUACAUGGCCGAAAAACGAAAAAGAUUGAAGGCUUUAUUGCAAGCUGAAGAAAUACAGCAACAGAAGGAAGUUCUCGAAAUACUUAGCAAACAGCAAAAUGAACAACUAAGAGAAAAACAAAAUGCAUUGCUGGCUGCCAAGCAGGACAAAGAGCGUCAAAGAGAGGAAUUUCUAAAGAACAAAAUGAUUCAGCUAAAAAUUCAAAAUUGUGACGAAAUUCGUACAUAUAUUCAACAAAAAUAUCACGAAGAAUCCAAAAGAUGCCAGCUUGCUCAGAUAGCGGACAAACAGAAGCAAAAUUUAUCCCAGUUGGAUGAAGAUCGCCUUUGGCAAAAAGUGCAGCAGAGAAGCUACGAACUACAGUUCGAACGUGAAUUGGAAGCAAAAAGAAAACGUAUGUUAAUGGAAGAAAAUACCUUACAGGAAAUUCAACAGCAGAUCAAAGAACGAUCGCUUAAAGCCAAACAGGAGAAAGCGGAACUUCAAGAAGCUUGUUGCACUUCUCUACUAUUUUCCGGACACGAUAAUAAACUAAUACAAAUUAAAAAAAGUGACCUCGCAGUAAAGCUUCGUGAACAGAUAGUCGCCAGCAGAGCACUUCAGAUGAAGCGUGAUAACCAGGAACGCGACGUGGUGAAAACGCUGAACGAAGGCAUGCAGCGCGAGUUAGAUAGUGAAAAGGCGGCACGUGAGGCACAAAAGCGAAUUCUGAAGGAGCAAAUCGAUCAGCACCAUAAGUAUUCCAAGCAAGUGCAGAAGCAGCGUCAAAUCGAGGAAGCUAAACAUGAUAAGUUAAUCCAUGAAGCACGCCAGGAAAGUGAUAAAGCAGCAAUAGAUGUGUGCAAGAAGGCAAUGCAGAAGCGUUGGGGACUUGCUGAUAAAGUUUACGAUAUACAACGACAGCAAAUAGCGGAGAUGGAAGAUCAACGACGCCGUCAACGCGAACAGAAACUGCAAGAGGGGAUACGUGAACGGGAAAUGUAUGAGCAGUAUCAUCAGGCAACUGUUGAAGCGGAUAACAGGGCAAAGCUAGAAGUGAAGAAAUACCGCGAAAUGCUGAACGAGCAAAUUAAAUCUUCCGCCUUGGAGAAGGAACACUGCAAACGUCAUGACCAAAUGCAAUCAAACAAACUAUUCGAAGCCAACAAACAAGAGCUCGACUUCGUGCAGACCUAUGUAAAAGGAUCGUUUGAAACCCACUUCAUGAAACAUCCUAAUAUUUCGUUGUUGAGAAAAAAACACUAAUCAUAUAGUUAAUAUUAAUUCAAAAUUUAAUUUUGAUUUAUAGUGCGGU